AUGGGACGGUCGUCAAAGGACAAGCGAGAUGUCUACUGUCACCUAGCCAAGGAGAAAGGCUGGCGCGCCCGCAGUGCCUUCAAGCUGUUACAACUUGACGAGGAAUUCCAGCUCUUCCAAGGCGUGACGCGAGCGAUUGACCUGUGUGCGGCCCCAGGCAGCUGGAGCCAAGCGCUGAGCCAGAUUGGGGGCCAGGGUUCUGGCCAUGUGGUGGCUGUGGACCUUCAGACAGUGGCUCCACUACCAGGUGUGUUACAGAUCCAGGGGGAUAUCACCCAGCUGUCCACUGCCAAGGAGAUCAUCCAGCACUUUGAAGACUGCCCCGCGGACCUAGUGGUGUGUGACGGGGCUCCUGAUGUAACCGGCCUCCAUAAUGUUGAUGAGUAUACGCAGGCCCAGCUCCCCCUAGCUGCUCUGAACCUUGCUAUGCACGUCUUGAAGCCAGGGGGCUGCUUUGUGGCCAAGAUCUUCCGAGGCCGGGAUGUGACACGGAUCUACAGCCCGCUGCGUGUUUUCUCCAGCGUGCUAUGUGCCAAGCCCAGGAGCAGCCGAAAUUCCAGCAUCGAGGCCUUUGCUGUCUGUAAGGGUUACGACCCCCCUGAGGGCUUCCUGCUGGACCUGACCAAACCCUUGCUGGAUCACUCUUUUGAUUUCAACCAAUUGGAUGGCCCCAGCUGCAUCAUUGUGCCAUUUGUGAUCUCUGGGGACCUGAGCGCCUAUGAUUCAGACUGCAGUUACCAACUGGACCUAGAGGACAGCUCAGAAUACAAGUGCACUCCACCUAGGCAGCCCCCCAUCUCACCACCCUACCAGGAGGCGUGCACAUUGAAGAAGAAAGGGCAGCUGACCAAGGACAAGGAGAUCCGCCCCCAGGACUGCCCCAUGAGCACAGUGGACAGGAUGCCCCAGUCCCUGGCUGCUCCACAGCGCCGCACCCUGCAGCCCUCUGAGGUGGAAGACAGUGGAGUGAAGUAUUCCUCUUAA